AUGUCUUGGCUCCAAAUCAUCCAUGGUGAUCGUGAUAGGUGCUGUCAAACACACUCUAAAACCUUCUACCUUCUUCUCACCGCCUUGCUAUUCCUCUCCAUGGAGAUCACUGUUAUUCAUUCUCAACGUUUCCAACCACAAUCACCCAACACACUCCUCCAAACAUUCUCAAAUGUGAAAACACUCAACUUGUUGUCAAUUCUCUCGGACCCCAAGUCAUCACAAGAAAUUCUAAAAACCUCUCGAGUCAUUGGUGUGAGUGAGUAUGUCUUCUUGUUUGUGUGGAGGAACAAGUUCAUGCAACGAUUCAAACACAUUGUUCAAAAACCAGAGACUUUGAACGAUUUGUUUGACAAAAUUUCACCAAUGAUGACAAACGAUUCCUCCUCUAACUCCUCUUCAUCACCUCCCAUCUUGGCCAUCUCAUCGGACAGUUCUUAUUUUAGAAUCUUCAAUGAACCAUUCAUGAAAAGUCAAUUUCCUGGAAAUUACAACAUCAAAACGAAGGCAAUAUCAUCGAAUCGGGAUUGUUUGACUGGAAAUACCAUGGUGGAUGUCGAUGCAUUCAUUCAGACAUCAUCGCCGAGUGUUUUCAAAAGAUUCAAAGAUAAUGCAGAAAUUAUAGACCACACUGGACAAUGGACCAGUUUGCAGGAUUUAUGGAUCUAUCCCUUAUCUCCAAGAAUUGUUUUUCUUUUACCCAUUGUAAACCCAAUGGAGAGUUGGAAUGAAACACUUGUGGUCUCCUUUUUGCAAAAUGCCAUUCAAAAUCAAACAAAAUAUUUGAACAUUCCUCAAGAGUGUGGAAAUGAGAAUAUUUUGAAUCGAGAUUCUGCUUGGAUGAAAUAUGGAUUUUCAUUUCUAAAUUUUACACCAUACGAUAUGGAUGUCUUUGGAAAAUUGUGGAAUGUAUCGAUUCUAUACGAUCAAAAGUACCUUUCUCAAGUCUUUCAGAGUGGAGAAUUAGGAAGUGUCACAUUCAAUCAAACGAUCGAUAGUGUUCUCUCGAUGAUUUCUGCAUCGAAUUGCAACUAUUGCCCAUACUCAAUUUGUAUCGAUUUGGAUGAACAAGACUAUGCAAGUUACAUUGCUAUUGGAAUUACUAUUUUAUAUUAUAUAAUAUUCUUUUCGACAGGAAUGUUUAAAAACUAUGCCAUGAAGCGACGAUUGAUAUUACCUUAUUUACCCAUUUUUGGAAUUCUUCGAAAUUGGAGUAAUACUUCUCUCUCACAACGAGUUUGUUUUUCCCUUUUCAGAAUUGUACCACUAGGUUCUGUUCUAGUCGUUGUAGCUGUUUACUUUGCCACAACCAUUCGAUUCUUUUAUUUAAGAAAUUUAUACACAUUCAUGACCAAGACCACAUCGAGGGAUUCAUGGACCAAAGUUCACAGAGUUAUGGGUUCGGCUCUAGCUGGAAUUUUACUCUCGGUGUUGGCUGCUCUUGUAUUCAACAUUGUUGUGCUCAUUCCCAUCUCUUCGUCUCUUGUGGUGAUGGAAAUUUAUCAAGGGAUCAAUUAUACUGGUGUUGCUGUGGUCAUUCUUGCAGUAUUGAUGAGUACAGGCACGUUUAUUGUUGAUGCCAUUUUGAAUAGAACCAAUAUUAAGAGAUUUGGUAUUUACAAGUUUUUACUUUUUGAUGAUCCUUUCUAUUUGAGAAUUGACCUUAUUUGUACUGUGUUGAUCUUGUUGUUCUUGAUUAUUUAUAUAAUUACCAGUACCAUCGUUGGUGUCGUCUAUGCAGUGAUGGAUGUAUUCAUUUCCAUUUGUAUUAUACAAGUGUGUGGUGGAAAUGUAAUGCUGUUGGAAUUGGCCAAACAUGUCCUUUUCAAAAAAAGAAAGGCAGAGAAUGGUGAAUUGGAACAUCUCAUGAGGCACAAUAAGGAAUUUUAUGCUCUCAUUUCAGAAUAUUCUGCUAAGGAAUUUUCCUAUGAAAAUAUUGCCUUUUUUUGA